GCUCAUGUCAUGCACGAGGAAGGGACUACAGUGCUGUCGAAUCUACAGAGUUAGAUGAAUCCACCGACUAAACCAGCCGGUACCUCGCUAGAACAGGAGCUCGGAGGUCCAUAUUGUGGCGUCAAUCACCUUCAGCGCGAGAAAAAGGUGUGUUUUUGUGUCGGAAGCCCUGCUGCGCAAUGCGGGUGCCCGCGACAGCUGUAGAGCUCUACUGCAGCCAGCAGCCAAUCAGAGGCGCGCGUCACGUCACGCGCUCCGUGCACCCGCACCCACACUCUGCGCGAUCACGGCAGCGGAAAGAAUGCAAUGCACGCUACCUUGGAGAGAAAAUAUAAAGCAAUGGACGAAUUAAACGCAUCGGUUGCUCUUUUGAGAGGAGGACGCUUUUAACGCAAGGUACAAACUAACGCCGUACUGAGCCCAAAAGAAGGGAUCCUUACUUGUCAAGAAACAGCCAAUGUGGAUCACUUAUUCUUUGAUUUUUGAACUGUAAGAUUGUUAACUUGAUGUCCUGACCAUGCGUUCACAACAAAGUUUCAUGUCAUUUAUGAACAGCAAGGACAGUGCUAUACCUAGAAAAGACAUUGAUCGCCUGUGCUGUGCAAAAUGUCGCUUUUCCACCAAGGACACUGACCUGUUCGAGAGGCACGUAUCCCAUCAUAAGGAGGUGACUUUCUCCUGUGCGCUCUGCAGCUAUGUUUCCUAUUCUAAAACGGAGUCUCAGAAACACGUUGUUUUGCAUACUGGCUUGUACCCAUACAGGUGUAGCUUCUGCUCGUAUGGAGCCGUGCGGAGAGAUUACAUGGUGAAGCAUAUCCUUCGUAUACACAAGAGAAAUGCGGAAGAAGGCUUCAUAACUGAUUUUGCUGUAUCCACUCCAGAUGGAUAUCCAUCUGUUCCUGAUGCUCUCAGGAUUACAGAUUGGCCUGAAAGGAACAACCAGUGUGCAAUUCCCAAUUCCCAUGUCGAACACCCCAAUAGAAGUCAACCCAGCCAAUCAUCUGUUAUUAGUAAAACAGUGAACCAAACCAGGAGUAAUCGUGCCCGGAUGACCUACAGUUUCACAAUGCCAUCUAUGACCAAUACAACAACCGUCAUUCCGGUUUCUAAGACUCAGUUCACCGGUGCCAUUCCCAGCUGCGGUGCAAGCACAAGUCACUCAUUGGGCAACACACCGCAAGUGGUUCUAAGAUCACGGGAGGCAAACAGCAACCUACUGAAUGCGCAACUCAGUGCUGAUGGGAGAAACAAGGUGGUUAAUAGCAGAACCGUUUCGGAAAAGCUUAUUCCGAAAGCUACGUUCCCAAGAGUCCAUGUUAGCUCUACCGAACCACUACAACAAAGCCAAAAGGUUGGUGUUCCUGAAAAGGCAAUGGCUUCAAAGACUAUUCCCAGAGUACAGGUCCGAGCUCCUGUUGAAUUGAACACCCCGCUUAGACCACUACUUAAUGGGCCAUUAUCCAAGAGGAAUGUUCAGAUGGAUCAGAGGGCUGGUCAUUCCAAAACAGGGACUAAAGUUGGGACGCAGAAACCAGUAGUACUUCCUAGCAGUCCAGUCAAAAGUCCACUGCACUCCAGUGCAGAAAAGAGCAAUCAGUCAACGAACUCCAGAGUACCUGUAGGAUCAUCAGCAGAAACAUCAAGCCCAUUAUCCAGUGUCCAAGUGGAACUGUUAGCGCCUUUGAACCAGCCAAUUCAACACAACAAGCCUUUGACCGUGUCCUGUCCAGAGGAGAUCAAUAUUCCUGCCGGGUGUUUGGUGGAACUGGUGGAGGUGAAAAAUAUUAACGGGACUCGAGAGUUGGAGCUACGGUUGAUCCCACCCAAUGGGAUCCCGCAAGACCAGAAGAGCAAUGUGGAUGAACCUUCAUCAGCCGCAGCUGGAGGCAAACUUUCCUUCAAAUGCCAAGUUGCCAAAGGGUGUCCAGUCAGCCCAUCCACGUCUUCAUCAUCUCAUGGGAAACAGCAGCGGCCUUCAAUGUGCACUAAUGUUCAGACUAUCACAAAAACUGUUCAAUCAGCCCACAAACCACAGUGUUCUUCAGAGAUGCCAGCCAGGAACAAGCACAACCCGAAGACCAAGGAUCCAAAGACCAUUACGCUCAAGGGUCCAGAAUUGAGUUCUGAAAGCCUUCCCGUGAUCUCAUCAGUUUUCUCUCUUUGUCCCACACCCAAGUCAACUCAAAGCAUCUCAAAGUCCUCGCCAGAAAUGCAACGUUGGAAGGUGGCAACAAAAGAGCCGAAGGACGAGGUGAAGAAUGCUGAGCAAUCGCUAGUCUGCAGUAUUCUGAUUAAAAAGGAGGAAGCUGAGGACAAACCCAAAGGUGCUUCUUUGGGUCUCAAAGAAACAAAGACAGAGGAUGAGACUAGUACAGGCUCUGCAAUAUCUAAGACUCAAAAAACCCUAAACAAAAGUCAUUUAAAACACGAUCCACGUUUGACAGUGGCUCAUCCAUUGGUUGUGCCAAACCAGAACAUCGUUCCAUCAAACAAGGAUGAAAUUUCACAUCAAAACAAGGGAAAUUCUGAAUGUAAGUCUGGAAGGAACUUGGAUGGCCAACAACACCAUUCCUGUGUUUCCAACAUGUAUCCAAAAGUAGCUUUGUUCAGGAUUCCCAGUUCUUUGUUGGAACCUACCAAGAAGCUUCCAGAAGCACCAACUCGCGAGGAGAGUUUGACGGCACGACCUGUUCUCUGCUGCACGCUAAGUGAGCAGAAUGUGUCUGGCAGUCCUGAGGUGGCCAUCAAGCUGAUACUAAAGAGAAACCUUUGUGAAAGUGAAGAGAAGCACCAAGGCUCUCCACCACGUAAAAAGCACAAGAAAGAAAAGAGAAAAGCCAAGAAACGCAGGUCAUCAUCGGUUGGGACGGGCCUUCCUCAAUUAUCAAACGAAGGUCAUCAAGAACUGAGGUUAACUCCUCUGAAAGCGGAUCAGCACAUCAAGCUUCCUGGUCCGAACCAGCCGGUUGUGGUUCUGAACCACCCAAAUCCUUCAGUUCAGAGCGUCAGUGUUGGCAUCCAAACCCUCAAGAACUAUAAGUGGAUUCACUCAGUGGAUCAUGAACAGGAACAGAGAGAGCAACCUAUGAGGAAACGGCCUUCAUUCAAGAUGAAACUCAAGAAAGUUCAUGGACAGAAGUAUCAGGUAAUCGAGUUCGUUCUAAAGGGAGUCUCGGAGAAACCCCUCUCGUAAAAACCAGCUACAAUCCCUUGUAGAUAUUCAUGCUUCACUUGAUUUUUUUAUUAUUGUGCUAUUGAGGAAAACCCAUGCAGGAUUCUUUUAAAAUUUGACUAUAAUAAAGCUAGUUGGUGACGUUGGUAGUUCGAUGCAAAAAAAAACAUUAUUUUGCUAUUAGACUGACUAAGUUUUAGCUAGUCUGGUCAUAUGUACUUGGGAAUAAACAACUUUUUUUUCUACAUGAACUUUUUUAACAUUUCUUUCCCCGGUCCUGCCAUGUUCCACUUGACAGCUGCGAUGACAAACAUGCUCAUCUAUAUGUAUAUAUAGAGACUUUUUCCCACAAAGAAAUGUAAAACUGAACUGUCAAUACAGAAAUUAUUCUUAAGAAGGUAAGAACUCUGAAACCAAUGUCUGUUUUAGGAUGUUGUGUGUUAUUUGUCAUGACUGUACAGGAUCAUUUCAAACAUGUCACGUCCAUAUACGUCUUAUGUUUAAACUUUCACUAAUGUUUGUACAUGUGGCACAUUCACUGAAAUCACUGUCUUAUUUUGAAUCAUUAUGAGUACAUAAGCCUCAGUGUUGAAGUGAAUCUUUUCUGAUUGGUGUGCAGUGAUUCAUGGGUGGUGUUUGGCUUUGGUUUGAAUCCACAAUUGGUCUUUGUUGGGUGAGGCUUUGUCAUUUGUGAAAUUCAAACGUAUGACGUACAGUUAAAGUGUUUUUGCAAACAAAC